AUGUGGCGGGAAAUAAAAUCAGGGAACAAUUGGAAAUUUGGUAAUUUUAUCCCAUUAGCAGCGCCGCCACGUGAAUCCGAAGCGAAAGAGAUGGCAGACAAAGAAGAGAAGGAGAAGGAGUUGACGGAGAAGGUGGUGCCGGAGGCGGAGGAGCUGCCCAAGACCAUCGUGCGCCGCCUGGUCAAGGAGAAGCUCUCGCACCUCUCCGCCGACGCCGAGAUCUCCGUCCUCCGCGACUCGCUCCAGGCAUUCUCCGAAAGCGGCCGCAUCUUCAUACACUACCUCGCCGCCACUGCCAAUGAUAUGUGUAAGGAGUCAAACAGGCAAAUCAUCAAUGCCGAAGACGUGUUCAAGGCCCUGGAGGAAAUAGAGUUUCCAGAGUUUAUUGAACCUCUCAGACAGUCUCUUGAAGAAUUUAGGCAAAAGAAUGCUGAAAAGAAGGCUGCGUCGUCAAAGGCAAAAGAUUCAAACAAGAAUGCUAAGAGAAAAGAGUCCCCUGCAAAAAGUGAAGCCAAGAAAAAACGCCGUGAAGAUGACAACAAUGGAGACGAGAAUAAAGCAGGUUGA